CGCAUCAUGUCGCUGCUUUCCCUCUUGGUUGGGGUGCUGCUGUUAAAUGGCGUUGGCCAAGUUACAAGCAAAGCCAUCCACUCAUUUGCUGGCCCUUACAUCGCCUUCGUCCACACAGUCUUCCCCUGCCCAUCGCUGAGACUAGCGGAAGUGUCGGUUCGUGCCAGCCACUUCAACCCCCUCAAACCCUUCGACAAGCAGACGGUUCAAGGCUACGCGAGAUCAUCUUACAAUGUAACAGACAAUUUUUUGACUAAAGUGACCAUGGCCGUUCGAUCGAACAACCAGUGGAAAGAGAACGCAUUUGUCUUCACCUUCCCCAACUCAGGGUGUACUGCUAUACGCGAUCAUCUGCCGGACUUGUUCCGCGUCAUCGCGAAGCACAGCGGGGCGUCCAUGAAUAAGAAGGAUCCCUGUCUCAUACCCGGUGGAUCCUACAAAUUCAAGAACGAAUCAGUGAGCUGGACGGCUCCUCACUUCCCCGUGAUGCCCUACGGUCGCUACAAGUUCCAUAUGGCAGCGUACUUCAUGAACUUGACCAAGGCCGAGGCCGAGCCACGUUUCUGCGUGUCAUGCGACUGUGAAAUCGUCCCAAAGCCCAUUGCAGACCCAUAACCAGAAAACCUUAAGAGAAACUGGGUUAAGCUACGAAGCAUAGAUCAACUUUGAAUAAUUUUGUCUAUAUCGCUAUCAAGAAAGGGAGGACUACUAUUUUGAAUUCCAAUUGAAUAUUUACUUUACUGGUCAUAUGCUCUGUACAAAGUCACAUACGGUCUGGCGUUCACUUACUUUGUGUAGCUGCUGGCUUAGAGACCCCGUCAUCACAGUGUUACGCGGACCAGAUCCCUUCUUCCACAUGUUGAAAACCCUACCAAGUUAUUUGAACAUACAUAAAGCAAACCUUAAGAAGUAUUUUUUUUAACGCUGCACUUUUGUUAUUAUAGUAGGCCACCUCUUUCAACU